GUUCUUUUCACCGAUGCCUCGUCUUGAUCGCGUUGAUGUUUGGAAAAGCAACGCUCGAUCCCUGCAGCUCCAGCUCCGGGACCGGUUCAGAGUCGCCGUUGACCGCCAUUGGCGCCGCCGCAACCACCAUACCUUCAUCCCUUCCGCCGAUGGCUACUUUUCCUCUACGAUUCAGCGCUGGCUUAGCAGAUUUCGCGAUUUUCGGAGGGACUCCUUGCCUUCUUCUACCUCUUUCUAUCGCAAACGAGUGACUAAGGAUUUCAGUUCCGAAGAGGAUUCAACUCUCUUUCGUAUGAUGCAAGCUGUUGCUGUUCCUGUUCUUGGAAAUGUAUGUCACGUUUUUAUGAAUGGAUUGAACCGCGUUCAGGUUUAUGGUUUAGAAAAAUUACACUCCGCGUUGUUGCACAGACCUAAAGGCAAGCCUCUUCUUACGGUUAGCAAUCAUGUUGCUUCCAUUGAUGAUCCGCUUGUCAUUGCUUCGCUGCUUCCUCCUCAUGUUCUUUUGGAUGCUAAAAAUCUCAGAUGGACGCUUUGUGCAACCGAUAGGUGCUUUAAAAACCCUGUAACCUCUGCAUUCUUUCGAUCUGUCAAAGUCUUGCCAGUUUCUCGUGGUGAUGGGAUUUAUCAGGAGGGAAUGGACAUGGCCCUAUCGAAAUUGAACCAUGGUGGUUGGGUCCACAUAUUCCCAGAAGGUAGUCGUUCCAGGGAUGGAGGCAAAACCAUGGGCUCUUCCAAGAGAGGCGUUGGCAGGUUGGUUCUGGAUGGAGAUAGCAUGCCCCUUGUUGUCCCAUUUGUACAUACAGGGAUGCAAGAGAUUAUGCCAAUAGGUGCUAACUUUCCCAGAAUAGGCAAGACGGUAACAGUGCUCAUAGGCGAUCCAAUCAAUUUUGAUGAUAUACUCAACAUGGAAAAGGGCCCGGAUGUGCCAAGAAGAAGACUAUAUGAUGCAGUAGCAUCGAGAAUUGGUGAUCGGUUACAUGAAUUGAAGGUCCAAGUUGACACCAUAGCAAUUGAACAAGAAAUGCAGCUACAAGAUCACUCCUCACAGAGCAUGGAACGAACAUCUGGUAUCUUGCAGCAGGUUGAUUGGGAAUUGUUUGGAAUGGAUAGUCUUAUGUCUGUAGAUGAUGAUCCCAAGCAGAGACAUGAAGCGGUUGCCCUCGCAAAUACAUGCGUUUCUCAACAUCAGCAGUCUCAUAGUGAUCAAAGUUGGAGAAUGAGUUUCUCAUACAGGAUGCGUGGUUAUAUAAAUCAGAUGGAACUCAAAUCUUUUGCGGCGAGAGGCUUACUUACGAAUAAUGAAACUAAGAACUCUGUUGGCUGUAGUAGACAGAUAGGUCCCUUGAGGGCAUGGAAACAGUUUUUGGAAGCUAAUCUAUUACGGCAGUGGAAUUACGUCCAUUGCUGAAAGCAUAGCUUUGGAUGGUGUAAAUUCAAAUCUUUGCUGCUUGAUUAAAAUAAUUGAGUUUUUGUUAGACCAAUGGAUAAAAUUCGUAACUCAAAACUCAAUUAGCUACUGUACCAGUUAGUGGCAGGGUGUAAUUAUUUAGUGGCACUCGGUUAUUUUUCCUUUCAUAUAGUUAAAAAAAAAUAUUAACUUAAAGAAUUAAUAAAUAGCUUCUUUUCU